GUUACAUUCUUGCAUUCAUGCUGUUCAUAUGUUAUUUCCGUGAAGACCUUACAUAUAAUUAUUGUUAGAUACCCACCUCUCACCGUGUCUACUUUGGGCCUGCACCAACCCCGGAUCGCUCCUGCAAAACGCGACAUCUACUGGCUACCUUCAACUCCACGGCAUCUCGCGGAAGACGCUAGCGUCGAGAUCUCUUCUCAGUUCUCAACCUUAACCUCACUCAGUCCAACCUCUCGCUCGUUCAGUCCCGCUGUCGUCGUUCGCUUCGUUUUCUCUGCAAUCGGUGCCUCUCGCUCGGUCGCAGCCCGCCCUAGUCUCGACCCCCUUGGAUACCGAGCCCCCUCGCGCAGUGUUAGAUCGACCGAGUAACCAACAUAGUGGAUGGCGUUGCAUUUGGUGCGUUAAACAGGGUAGACAGGACGACCCAACCCCGGCGUAUAUAAAUUGGUAUAAGGGAACAAACACUUGGCAGAAUAUAUUACGAUGCGUUCGCUUUUUCGCCUCCCGCUGCUAGCAGUCUUCUCCUAUCUGCAAUGCGGUGCUGCCGAAGAGUAUCUGCAGUCUACAUCGCUAGAGACUUGCAUGGAUGACUCUCUUAUCACUGCAAGUCUUUUUGAUGUGACUUACUACCCUGGAAACAGUACAAUAUCAUAUAAUAUCAACGCAAAUGCUUCCGUCACUGGUAAUGUCUCCCUGACCCUCCAGGUCAUCGCCUACGGCUAUUACCUCGACCCUAUCGACAUUGACCCCUGUGGUGGCCAAACAUCUUUGUCCACAAAUUUCUGUCCUAUUGAAACAGCUGGUGCGCCUCUUGAUUUAAAGGCAUCUAGCAGCGUACCGAGUAACGUCGCCGGCAAUAUUCCUUCUGUGGCAUAUACUGUGCCUGAUCUGGACGGCAAAAUUCGCAUCUAUAUCAACUCAAGUAGUGUCGGACGAAGGGUCGCAUGUGUGGAAGCAGAACUGUCUAAUGGCAAAACCGUCUACCAGAAAGCCGUCGGAUGGACGCUAGCGGUUGUUGCUGGAUUAGCAUUAACAGCGUCGGCCAUUGCUUCCGGACUUGGGUUUUCCAAUACUUCGGCGCAUGUUGCUGCAAAUGCGCUAUCCCUCUUCGGUUUUUUCCAAGCCCAGGCCAUGUACGGAAUGACCUCGGUUACCAUGCCGCCCAUCGUUGAGGCUUGGACGCAAAACUUCCAAUGGAGCAUGGGCAUUAUUCGAGUGGGAUUUCUUCAAACCCUCAGCACGUGGUAUCAGCAAGCAACGGGUGGAACGCCGUCUCUUGUCCUCCAGUCACUGACCAUCACAUCCGUUAGCGUACAAAAGCGAUCUCUGGAACUGGGUAAAAUUGCCAAGCGGGCUUUGCACACGCUCACGGCGCGAGACAACUCUGCGUCUUCAAACUCGAUGGUUUUGAAGGGCAUGCUCCGAGUUGGAUUUCGGGCGAAAAUUGAGCCUACUAACAUUUUCAUGACCGGGUUGAUUUUCCUAGCGGUUUUCUUCAUGCUGGUCAUUCUUUUGAUCGUUCUAUUCAAGCUGUUCACCAAGCUUGCCGUCCGGCUAAGGUGGAUGCGAGCGGAAACAUUCGCAGAUUUCAGAAAUGGGUGGACUAGCGUGAUGCGCGGCAUUUUGUUUCGACUUAUUCUCAUUGGCUACCCUCAAAUGGUUGUCCUGUGCCUGUGGGAACUAACCCGCCGCGAUUCGGUUGCAGAAGCUAUUUUGGCUGUCCUCAUGAUCCUUUCGAUGACUGUUAUCUUAUUCUGGGCAGCCUUCCGGGUGCUUCGCCUCGCCCAGCGAUCCAUUUCCAUGCAUCAGAACCCGGCUUAUAUUCUAUACUCGAACCCCAAGUUCCUACAUACGUGGGGUUUCUUGUACGUUUCAUACCGAGCAACCGCCUAUUACUGGGUCUUCCCUACCCUGGUGUACAUUUUCGUCAAGGGUGCCUUCAUCGGACUCGCGCAAGGUUCUGGUGUCGUGCAAGCUAUCGGCCUUUUAAUUAUUGAAACCACAGCACUCAUCUUUGCCUCCAUUUUUAGACCAUGGAUGGAUAAGAAAACUAACACGUUUAAUAUUGCCAUUUUCGCGGUGUAUUUCGUCAACGCCGUGUUUCUACUUAUGUUCACCAGUGUCUUCAAUCAGCCGGCAAUUGUCAACUCCGUGAUGGGCGUCAUCCUUGUGCUAUACAAUGCCAUAUUCGCUCUUAUUCUGUUGCUCCUAGUGCUGGUAUCCGCGUGCUACGCUAUCUUCUCUAAGAACCCGGAUCUCCGUUACGAACCGGUGCGAGAUGACCGUGGCUCGUUCAUUCGAUCGCAAACGCAGCUCGACGUCAACAAAGAAUUAGAUGCUCUUGGCGUCGCCGCCAGAGGCGAGGAUAAACAUCCUUACGAUGGACAAGCUUACUAGAUGACGAUCCAUCAUAUGUCUCUUUCAUAUUUUGUUUAUCUCGUCUGAAUCUUUUCUUUACUUGGUUUCAUUUCGAAUGGUGUUCAGUGGUAGGGAGCAUUUGUGUUCGAACUUUUGAGUAUAAGAUCAUUGUUAAUAAUGGUUGACCUUGGGUUAUUGUCUAUCAGUGUUAAUCAGUCUGUCCUGUUAUCUUAUCCUGGCCAUGCAAUACUCGGCGCACGGUUUGUGUUCGUGUAUCUGUACGAUUUUCAUUUUUUUAAUUGUUUCAUAUUUUCAAUGUUUCAAUGUUCACUGUCUUGUACAUAUUUCGUUAGUGGACUAAACAUUACUCUAACCAUUGUGAAUGACAUCUGGAGGUUUUGGAU